AUGAAAUUAGCCACUCCACGCCCUUUUUCCCAGCAGUUGACCGGCGACGACCCCAACUACCGUCCACCCCGCACCACCGCUACCUCCGCCGCCCGAUUCUUUGUCGCCGUGGUCGUCUUCGACUCAUGGCCGUACUUUAUCCACCGCUACAUGCACCACAACAAGGUCCUCUACAGGAGCUUCCACUCGUGGCACCACGGCAUCGCAGCCCCCUACGCCCUCGCGGAGCAGUACAAGUGUGCAACUACCCCCAUCGACGGCGUGCUCACGGGAACUGUGUCCGGCGCGCUAGCAUACUUCGUGUCAGGGAUGUCUCCGGUGACGGCGUUCGGGAACAACGCAGCGUACUUACCACGAGGUGCAUCACCGGCGGUGCGGUGCGGGGAGAUCGCAUAA